CCUUGUUCAGUGAAAAGCUAUUUGGAGAAACCUGUUAUAAAACAGUCUCCUAUUGCCAUUUAAAAUUAUGUUUUUGGGAGAGUGCGCAGUGGAUGCGUCGGCGGCGACCCUUCGGUCUUUUUCGGGAGGGGGCGAUGCUGAGAUGGGGGCGGCGGCAGCCGAAGCGGAUCGUACUCUCUUUGUGGGCAACCUUGAAACGAAAGUGACAGAGGAGCUCCUUUUCGAGCUUUUCCACCAAGCUGGGCCAGUAAUAAAAGUGAAAAUUCCAAAAGAUAAGGAUGGUAAACCAAAGCAGUUUGCGUUUGUGAAUUUCAAACAUGAAGUAUCUGUUCCUUAUGCCAUGAAUCUGCUUAACGGAAUCAAACUUUUUGGAAGGCCCAUCAAAAUUCAGUUUAGAUCAGGAAGUAGCCAUGCCUCACAGGAGGUCAGUUUGUCAUAUCCCCAGCAUCAUGUUGGAAGUUCAAGCCCUACUUCCACAUCUCCUAGCAGGUACGAAAGGACAGUGGAUAACAUGACUCCAUCAACACCGAUAAUUCAAAGAUCUUUCUCUUCUUCAGAAAAUCUUCAGAGACAAGCAGUGAUGAACAAUGUUUUGAGACAGAUGUCAUAUGGAGGGAAAUUUGGUUCUCCACAUCUGGAUCAGUCAGGAUUUUCCCCAUCAGUUCAGUCACAUAAUCACACUUUUAACCAGUCUUCAGCCUCCCAGUGGCGCCAAGAUACACCAUCAUCACAGCGAAAAGUCAGACAGAAUUGUCAUCCCUAUGUAGUGGAUAGACAUUAUAGCCGUGAACAGCGUUACACUGACCAUGGGUCCGACCAUCAUUACAGAGGAAGCAGAGAUGAUUUCUUCUAUGAAGAGAGAAAUCACGAUGGCUGGAGCCAUGACUAUGAUAACAGAAGAGACAGUGGUAGAGAUGGAAAAUGGCGCUCAUCUCGACACUAACAAGUGUUAAAGGGAUGUUUUCAUAGGGUCAUUCUAGGCCCUUUUUGUUAAGUUGUUUCUGGGAAUGUUUUCUUAAACUCUAUAGAGCAGCUUUACAAGUUGCCACAUUUCUUUAUAAAAUUUUUAAAACCUAAUUGCAGUCCAAUACAGAAAUGAGAAUUGU